CUCUCUUUGCUUGUCGAAGGGAUUUUGUGUGUAUAUGUCUGUGAAGUCUGCGUUCGAAUGGCAGCCGCAGUCGCGUUCGAUGUGCUCACUGGGUGAAGUCAAAAUUGAAAUACGUGCUACAAGGUGCAAGGAACCUUAUUCUAAAGUGCAGAAUCUCGUGCUAGAGCAGCGACCUCUUGGCCGCAAACGUCAAGUGAAGUUGAACGAUUGAUCAAAUUGGUAUUCGCUCGUCUCGCAAGUUUAACGUGCCGUAGUGUGACUUGAAUUGGUGAAAAAGGCUGCCAUUUUCAACGCCAUUACAAUAUGGACGGAAGCACCCAUUAAUCAUGUACAUUUCGGAGCUGGACUUUGUUCGUUACGACUAAAUCGGAUCUUUUUGCCGCGAGACAGAUACGCACGGCAGUGCAUCCCCGGAUGCCGGCUGUUGCAAAUCUCUAGUGACACUGUUCACCACAGCCAAGUGUGUUUAUAGAGGAACGAAAAUUGUAGACCUUUUUCUUACGGUUGGCGUGCCGCGUAGAACGUCAUUGAAAUUUGACCUUUCGAAUUUUGUGGCAAAUGAAAGUCGGGAAUACAACAUUUUUGACGGGAUUUAAAUUAUUCAUGGACGUUUACAAUUUUCAUUUUUGAAAUUCUCAAAUUAAGAAUAGUUUUCCAUUAUCAAUUUUCACCACUCACGCGACACUGUUAGGUGAACGGCAUUCCUAAAUUGACAGAUAGCCGGUUUGUGUAAAGGGUGCAAUAUCGUCUUCCACUUUGAAUCUGUUUCUCCGAGAGCGAUAAAAAACAACACUUCACCGUUAUAAUACGAUAAACUUUCAGAUAGGACGAGUAAAGUUGUCGCAGCGAAAAUAAAGUGAAAACAAAAACUAAUUGACACUCGACUGUGAGUGACGCGCAGCAGCAAGUUGGAAAUCUUCAAAACCGCUGACAGUUUUCAAUAAAUGUUGCAAACGUAAAGCAAGAACAUAAAAAAAAAAACAGUUUCAUCUUGCUAGAGUGAUUUUGACAAGUGACAAGUGAAUCUGCUCGGGAAGCCUUCCAGCAAGCAUCAGUUUUAAACAAUUGGAUCGAUCGAACAGACUGACAGAUGUGACACAGAAAUGAUGAAAAUCUAAUCAGAAAGUCAACUUUUGCCGGCAGCGCUUGCAGAAUUUCUCUCAAAGUUAUCGAUCUCAAUCGUAUUCAGAAUCGAAUGUUCCCGACAAGACCCGUUCAAUCCGUACUAUAAAUUACAACUAGAGAGGAAAUCCUCAACCAGCCAACCUAUCACAAUGACCUCCGUCAAAGACACGGCAUCGUUCUUCGUCAACGGCAGUUCGAACCAGUUCGACUUCGUCCUGGCUAUGUAUCCACAGGUUCUCAAACUGAAAGCUCAAAAUAAAUGCAAAAAACCAGAAGACCUUAUCCGGCUAGACGAUUGGUAUCAAAAUAAGCUUCCACAGUUGAUCAAAAAGCGCGGCAAGGAACGGUUCCUGGUGCACGAAGAGCUGGUUCAGACCAUGAAAUGGAAGCAAACACGCGGCAAGUUCUUCCCGCAGUUGUCCUACCUGAUCAAAGUCAACACACCACGGGCCGUGAUGGCAGAAACCAAGAGAGCAUUCAAAAAACUUCCCAACUUGGAGCAAGCCAUCACGGCACUGUCGAAUCUGAAGGGCGUCGGAACUACGAUGGCUUCGGCAGUAUUGGCUGCAGCCGCCCCCGAAUCUGCCCCGUUCAUGGCAGAUGAGUGUCUAAUGGCAAUCCCGGAGAUUGAAGGCAUCGACUACACCACCCGCGAGUACAUGAACUUUGUCCAGCACAUCCAAGCCACUACGGACCGGUUGAACGAAGAAGUGCACGGGCCGGUGAGUAGUUCAAACGCAGAUGGUAGCAAUGACGAAGAUAGUGGCGAUGUGCCCAAUAUUCAAAAGAAGUGGUCCCCGCACAACGUAGAACUUGCCCUAUGGACGCACUAUGUUGCGAGGGAACUGCAACCUGAGUUGUUGGACGACAUGCCUGCCGCAACGGAGGGCAGUAAAAACAGCUACUCUCGAAAUCCAACGUCAACGAUUACUGCCGCCACCAAGACAACCACCGCCACGAAUGGUGCCUCGUUACCGUCGUCCGAAAACAAUACCAUUGAGGAACCGUCCGACGAGAGCAACCUGGAAACCGAGCUCGGUAAGGCCACCUCGGAUGAAUCCUCCAAAGACAACAAAUACACCGAUAGCUUGGACGAGUGUACCAAAUCGGAGGAUAGUCUGGAGAAGCCCAGCACCACGACGGCCAGCAUUCGGAACAACAACAGCGACGAGGUAAAUGAUAGUGAUUCGCAGAGUAGUGCAAAGAGGUCAACCACAUACGACGAUGAAGAGGAGGACGAGGAGGACGAAGACGACGAGGAGGACGGAGAGGAAGAUGACGAAGAAAGUUCGGCCGAUGGAGUUCCGGAUGCCAAGAAAGCAAAGGUGGAGUAGAGCUGUGCAGGAAGCGGGAAAACUUUUCUAAUUACAAUUAAACCAGAAGACCGGGGCCGGCGCGUCUGAGCAGACAGAGAAAGAACGAAUCACAAAUCAAAAUCAGUUAACAUAAUUAACGUCGGACAGUGUGCGCUUCCUAGGACUUCCAACCAGGGGCAUGGAACAGGUACUACAUCGGAUCUAGGUAAGUCUAAAACAGUUGAAGAGGGGGCUGAGAAGGCAGGAGAGGGUGGGUGGUAAACAUCAUCAACAUUAACAACAACAAUGCGCCGUAACUGAAAACACUAUGUACAAAUUAUGCUUAACUGAUUGUAAGUGGAAAAGCACGUGAGCUAAACCCUAGGAAGAGACUGGGUGGGUGAAUGGAGACGAGAGAGGCAAGAAUAAAAGAAAAUUGCGGCUAAUUGCCUACAGAUACACACACACACAGGGACAACCUGAUUGGGGAAGAGAUAGACAAGGGAUAAACUUUAAUUGAGAAGAAUUGCUUGAUAUGAAGGGAAUACGCUUUUUUCCCUUCGAACGGUUAGAUUUUAGUAGGAAGUUGAGGCAUGAUUUAAUGAAAGAAGUGAAAAAAAAAACACAAAUAUCGAGAAGAAGAGUGGUUGAAGGCGGAGAGAGAAUGAACGGAAGUCUUAUCAUUAAGCUAAAACUUAUUUGAUACUCUUCGGGCGAACCUAUCUUAGUAUAUAGUUGAACUCUAGUUGAUGUUCCGUUUUUUAUUUCCUUCAGCUGACUGCUUCGCUUGAAAUGGGUUCCCAUUUUCCAAUGAUUUGUUAAUGCUUUCCUCCUCAUUCUUGGAUUUUUGCUAAGUCGGCGCGUGAUUAUAUCAAGUGGAAAAUGCUUUCAUUUUUUUAAUUAGCUCAGGUCCGCGGUUACUCGUACGCUGGCUGAAGUGGAUGGAGUUUAUUUUUCUCUUUAAUUUAAAGAGAUCUCUGUGGUUAGCAAAUUAAGAAUUAUUGGAUAUGUUGGCCUUCGAUAUUCCCCUAGAAUGAGAUCCGGAAACAUCAAUUCCCCUUUUCACGCUGCCGAUUUGAGAUAGAAAAAUGCAUAACUGAAUGCGCCUCCACCCUUUCUCAACUGAUCCUGAUCCAAAGUUAAGUCUGCACACUGUAUCGUAUACUAAACUUUCGUUUAGCUUGAUUUUAAUAUUCGAAAUAAACACACACACACACACAUACAUACACACACCGCUUGCAAGGGCACAUUCCAUCUCUUGAAACCGAUUUUCGUUGUACGUUCAAGUUGAAAGUAAACCAAUGUAGACACCUAACCGUACGUUAAUAAAUAUAGUCAAAAAAGAAAAAUAAAUGAAAAUAAAAAGUAAAUGUAUUGGAUUCAAUUCAAAAUUAUGUCCACGUUUCCAGUUUCAGUUUCAUGAAAGUUUUCGAAGAUUGUGAAAUAAUACAGAUGCGAUUAUAAAAAUAAAAGCUGGUUUUCAUUUCAUUCGUUGCAAUAUUGUGCUAAGCAGAUUCUCGUAUUAGAAAAUUAUUAUUUAUUAUAAACAUUAUGGUCAUUAUUAUCACCAUACUAUAAUCAAACAAAAGGUCUUAAGUAUCACUCACAGUCUAAUCAAGGGGAAAGAAAAAAGAAAAGAAAAACAUAAAAAUUUACUAAUUAUCAGUACAGCCAAUCUUGUAAAAAAAAUGAAUUUUGGAAGAAGAAGUAAAAGUGGUAAAAAUUAAAUAGUAUUAGUUGCCGUUUUAGUUUCCGGUAUGUAUUCAAAGAAAGGAAAAAAAAAGUAAAAUUUAAGCAAAUCUAUACGAAACACAUGUUACAAAACAAGAAACAUAGAAAUGACAGUUACUGACAAACACCAUCCCCGAAAAAUGAAAAUACAAACAUUUACAAGCAGAGAUUGAAAAACUCUUACCUAAGUAGCAAAAAACCUGAGUGCGAAAAAAAUGCCAGCCCUGCUGGAUGCAGUUAUUACAAGACAAACUUAUACAACACACAGCUAUGAUCGAAGAAAACCAAUAGUAGCCCUAGGGACUAGUGAUCAAACCAAUAAAACUUAAAAGAAAAACCGAAAACAACAUUUAAAACAACUAAGAACAAACAGUAAAUAAAAACAGAAACCACUAAUAGCCUUUAAUGAAAAACAAAUAAGGAAAUACUUUAAAUGAAUGUAAAGCGUAAGUAGAAACACAAUAUACCGAGAAAAAAAAAACAA